CGUGAUUUCAUUGCUAUUCGGCUACCGUUAGCAAUUUAUAACUAAAUUAGUUAUAGUGCUGAUAGCACAAUGCUAUCUUCCAGUCACUCACACAGUAUGUCCUGUGGUCGACUGCAUAAACUGUUUAGAUUAGUCAUACAAGUUAGUAAUCUAUUUUCUUCAAAACUGGUCAAGACUGAGCUCAUUUCAAUCCAAAAUGUACUGAUUAGCCCUAGUUGAUUAGACUAGUUCUUAAGACACAGUACAUAGUGGCCAAACUAAGGUUGAAUGCCCUGUGUUAUAAACAGUGACAUGUUUGAUUAGUCUUGCAUAUUUGGUUAACUCCAAAAUGGAAUCAGUAUUGUCGCUUAACUACAGCUGCUUGACUUCUCAGCAUAAGGAUCAUUAUGAAAUUAAUAUUAUUCAUUAAUAUUUGAAAUUUAAAAGUGGGUUUACCCCAUGCCAUCUAAUAAAGUGGGUCUGUAUAUACCUUGCACUACACAACUGUUUGUAGCCACACAUUAAAGUAAAUGUACAUCCAUAUAACUUCAGCUCACAAACGAAUAACUCUGUACCUCUGUGAGCCAGUUAAGUACAUUAAAUACAGUGUAGACAUACUAAUUUAAUCGAAGUUUAGUUUAGUCUUCAUUUUCUCAUAUAAUUCCAAUUUAAAGAAUUGUUUAAUCAAUGCAUCAUUUACAUACUGGAUUAUAAUCACUAAAUUUUUGCAUAUAAUGCUUAAUGGUACUGCUUUUGUAAAUUUACUUUAAUAAAAGUUUUAAUGCAGGCCUUUAACAAAAUGAAUACAGUGUUAAAAUAUCAUAUAUUUUUCACUACAGUUAUAUUUAAAUGAAUGGUUAAAUCUGACUUAGGUUAAGAUCUUAUUAAUGUUGAAAAAGUCAAGAUUCUUCCAUGUGAAACACUGUGACAAUAUUGUUGUGAUACAAAAUCAACGCCCAUCCCCCAAUGCCCCAGACCAGUGCUACACUGCACGUGUUUGCGUCGCCCAACCCCCACUCCUCAGACCAGCGCUACACUGCAUGUGUUUGCGUCGCCCAACCCCCACUCCUCAGACCAGCGCUACACUGCACGUGUUUGCGUCGCCCAACCCCCACUCCUCAGACCAGCGCUACACUGCAUGUGUUUGCGUCGCCCAACCCCCACUCCUCAGACCAGCACUACACUGCUACACUGUUUCCCCAUCCCCCAUUUCACUGCACUGCUCAUCAGCGUUUGUUUAUAACUCAUGGUUGAUGGAGCGAUUUCAGAGAAGAUUGGAGAGACUUAGACAGCAUCACAAUAAAUGCGCAAGCCGUUUUGAACAAACUUUUCUUCGUCAGGAAACAAUGGGAGAGCGUUCAACACAGCUGGAUGCUAUUUCUGAGGAGCAGGAGGAUAGUGAUUCAUCAGAAUCAGAGUUAUCCAGUUGUGCAGGACUAGACCCAGAUUACAAACCAGGUCAGAGUUCAUCGUCCAGUGAUUUGAGCCCAGACAAAGGUUCAUCGUGGAAGAAACCAAUGAUGUCCAGUGAAAUACUUGAAUGUUCCGACACAAAUUCUAGCGACAGUGCCAUCAAAAAAACUGAAAACACAAGAACGUAUGUAAAAAAACACCAUAAACUACACAAGAUAAAAAAGACAGAUACAUCCAAAUUAAAUGUGACCCUAAAAAUUUGCACAAGGCGGGAAGACAAGAAAAGAGCUUGGGACAAAAGACAUUAUUGCCUCUACUGUGGGAAAUCUCAGUUAAAGAUUUCAAGACAUUUAGAGAGAAAACACAUGGAUGUCAAAGAUGUGGCAUAUGCCUUCAGCUUUUCAUUAGGAUCAAAACAAAGAAAAAGUCUUUUAGAACAGCUCCGCAACAAAGGAGACUUUAAACAUAAUUCCAAAGUUCUGGAAAAAGGCAGAGGACAAAUAGUGACGUGGAAGCAGCCAUCUGAUAAAGCCUCGUUUAAGGAUUAUUUGCCUUGCCCAUACUGUUUUGGAAUGUUUAAGAGAAAAGACCUUUGGAGACAUCAAUCAUCAUGCAGAACAAGAAAAUCUUGUGUGACCGAUGAAAAAACAAAGAAUAGACGAAGUAGAAUACAAAGUCGCGCCGCAUCCCUGCUUCCUAUUGCAGCUUCCUCAGAUGGCUGUCAAAGCAUCAUUAACCAAAUGAGACAAGAUGAUGUUUCGUUUCAUAUCAGGAGUGAUAGUUUAAUUUGCAACUAUGGUGAAUCACUGUACGCAAAACAUGGUCGAGUGAAGUCCAGGCACCAGUACAUUGCACAAAGAAUGAGGGAACUUGGCCGAUUCAUGUUAGUGGCUAAGGACAUGGACAAGACUGUCAAUUAUCUUGAAGAUUUGUGUGUGCCAUCAAAAUAUCAGCUUGUUGUCAGUGUUGCCAAGUGUCUAACUCAGUUUAGUCCAGGCAAAAAUGAGUUUGGAAAACCUUCAACAGCAGUCAAAAUUGGAUUCUGUCUUAAAGGGGCUGUGGAGGUCCUAAUAGGACAGACUCUAAUGAAUGAAGAUGAUCUUGCAGAAAAGAAAGCUAAAAAGUUUUUGGAACUUCUGGAGAAAAACUGGAGAAACAGUGUUUCUGUCACAGCUCACCAAACCAUACAAGAAAAAAGAUGGAAUAAAGAUGAUGACAUCCCCCUCACAAAAAAUGUGAUUGCUUUAAGAGACCAUCUCAGGAUGGUAGAAGAUGAAGCAAGAAAGGAAUUGACAGAACAAAUGGAUUUACAUGCAUACAAAACAUUAAACGAGUCCGUUCUAGCACAGGUCAUUAUCUUCAACAAGCGGCGUGAAGGGGAAGCAUCACGCCUUACUCUUGACGUUUACAUGAAAGCAAGCACAAGUGCCAUAAACGAGGACAUUUAUAAAACCUUGUCACCAUUGGAAAAGCAGCUCAGCAAGUUAUUAACCCGCAUAGAAAUCAGAGGAAAACGAGGAAAGAAAGUUCCAGUUUUCUUGACAAUGAGAAUGAAGGCAUCAAUUGAUUUGUUGGUUCAAAAGCGAGUAGAAGCUGGUGUACCUGCUGAAAAUCCCUAUCUCUUUGCAAGACCUGGUGUGAUGACAAACAUACGCGGAUGUGACUGUCUGCGGAAAUAUGCAAAAAAAAGCAAAGCAGAAAACCCUGAACUCUUGAGGUCAACUAAAUUAAGAAAACAAGUUGCCACACUCUGCCAACUCUUGGACCUUAGUGAACAAGAACUGGAGCAAGUUGCAAGGUUCAUGGGACAUGAUAUCAGAGUUCACCGUGACUUUUAUAGGCAAACGGACAAAACAUUUCAAAUUGCCAAAAUAAGUAAGCUUCUGUUUGCAAUGGAGCAAGGCACUCAGACUUUAAGGGGGAAGAACCUUAAUACACUUGCACCGGCCUGUGGUGAAGGUCCCAUACUGAAUUCUGUGGGUGUCUCACCGAGAACAAAGAAAAAAAGAGUAAAGCUGGCUGAGGAUGGAGGUUCUGAUCUCUCCUCCCCUGAAAAGACACGUCAAUCAUGCCAUGAAGCUGAUGGUUCAGAUGUCAAUGAUGAUUGUUCAGGAGCAAACCUGAAGAAAAAACCCACACCAAAUAAGAACAGACGACGACGACAGACCAAGAGUGGGGAAACAAAGUAUGAAGGUUUUGAUCUCUCAUCCCCUGAAAAGACACGUCAACCAUGCCGUGAAGCUGAUGGUUCAGAUGUAGAUGAUGAUUGUUCAGGAGCAAACCUGAAGAAAAAACCCACACCUAAUAAGAACAGACGACGACAGACCAAGAGUGGGGAAACAAAGUGUAAGUUGUUUUUUAUGACAUGAUUCAAAUCUCUGUUU